AUGGUUCUCCUUACCAAGCGGUUCAAUAAGAUAUUCAGGUUUUCCUUGGUAGCGGCUUUGUGCUGCCUGAUAUUUGUACUGUCAACAAGGUACAUUGACCAGGACCUUUCAUCGCUAGAAUACGUGCGUUACCUGCAAAACUACCACGAAACGUACUCUGGUAAUGGGAACAAAGUCGAGCCGGAAGUGGAAACCCCACCUGCUCCAGCCGCGAAUGACAAGAUAAAGUCCCCAUCUGGCGGCCCCGUUCUGUCGGCUCAAGAUCAAAAGCGGAGGCAGGCUCUGCAGGAGUUCUACAAACAGGUUUUCAAGAACUUAAGACAGCACUCUCCAACAGGCAGCUCUUCGCGCCAGUACGAUGAGAAAUGCCAACUCAAUGGGGACAUCGGAGCAAGGGCGAACGACUAUAAUAGCUGGUCAAAACUCACUAGCAAGAACCUGGGUAACUGUUUGAAACUGUCUAACAAGGAGAAGACGAUGCUCAAAGAAACACACUACGAUUUUGUGGAGAGCCUGAAAUCUUUGGUUUUGCCAAAGGGGACUUACAAGGGAGAUGGUAUUGUUACCGUAGGGGGAGGUAAGUUUUCGAUGCUUUCCUUUCUGAUAAUCAAGACUCUGAGAAAUUUAGGGACACACUUGCCGGUUGAAGUUUUCAUUCCGCCAAAUGACGAGGGCGAAGAAGAAUUUUGCAACACUCUUUUGCCCAAGUACAACGCGAAGUGUAUCUAUAUCUCAGACGUUUUGCCCGAGGAUAUCAUCGAAAAUUUUGACUUCAAAGGUUAUCAAUUCAAAUCUAUAUCCAUCAUCGCUUCGAGUUUCGAAAACCUUCUCUUACUUGACGCAGACAACUUCCCAAUAAAGGCACUGGACAACAUUUUUGAAGAGGAGCCCUACAAAAGCACAGGCAUGGUAUUAUGGCCCGAUUUUUGGAGACGUACCACAAAUCCUGCAUACUACGAGAUUGCUGACAUCGCAGUUAACUACAAGAAAAGGGUUCGUAACUGCAUGGACGAUAUCACGCCUCCCCAAGCCUACACUAAAGACAUGAAAAACCUAGAAAAUGUUCCACUGCACGACCUCGAAGGGACCAUUCCCGAUGUUUCCACGGAAUCAGGGCAAUUAAUGAUUAGAAAGUCACGUCACCUGCCUACGAUCUUGUUGUCAUUAUACUAUAACGUCAAUGGACCUACUUGGUACUACCCUAUCUUCUCGCAGAAAGCUUCGGGCGAGGGAGACAAGGAAACUUUCAUUGCGGCAGCCAACUUCUACGGUUUACCAUUUUAUCAAGUCAAAUCAGUCACCGCUGUGGACGGCUACCACCAGCCAGAUAACAAGGGCUUCCGCGGCGUUGCCAUGCUUCAACAUGACUUCGUUCAGGACUACAGCCGUUACAAGUGGGCGAAGAGCGACAUUGAAAACAAAUACGCCGGAAAGGUACCCCAGUUCAUCAAGCAGGACACUUCUUACUCCCCUGAUGCCAUGUACAAAACAUACUUCGAGCCUGAAGACCUCAAGGAAGUGGAUAUUAUGUUUGUGCAUUCUAACCUACCAAAAUUCGAUCCUUAUACUUUAUGGAAUGAUAAAGACCUUAUCGUUGAUGGCAAGCACAUUCGCUCCUACACUAACUUACGACGCCUUAACAAUUAUGAUCUUGAACUCGAAAACUUCAAGGUUUUCAAGGAGUAUCUAUGCGUCAGUAGAACCAAAUUCAAGUACCUGGAUGACAGCCUCCAGGGUGACGAGAGGCAGUGGAAAAGCAUGUGUGGUUAUAUCAAGGAAAGGCUGAACUUCCUGGACCAAACCCACUCAGAUGCAAUUAACGCAUCUUAA